AUGUUUAAACGUAUCAUUAGAUUGCCCGCAAAACGUCACUUCCAGAAAACUCCCUUUCGUUUAAGUAGCGACUUCGAAACCGUUCAUAUUCCUGAUACAAACCACUUCAAAGACUUGCUGAUUAAAAAUGGUAAAUUUCAAGAGGAUCAAGCUACAACAGUAGUGAAAAUAAUGACAGAAGCUAUCAGAGGAGGGGUGAAGCAUGUUUCACAGGAUUUGGCAAAGAGGGAAAAAUUAACACAACUCAGUUACCAACAGCGUGUUGAUUUUGCCAAAUUAAGAGAUCAGCUGUUAAGUGCUGAUAGAAGUGAGUUUCAUAAUAUUCAGAACGAAUAUGAGAGUGUGAAAAAUGAUUUGGAGAAAUUGAGAAACAAAUUAAGAGAAGAAAUCACAAAGACCAACGCAGGGUUCAAACUGGAUCUGUCAUUGGAGAAAGGUAGAAUUAGGGAAGAAAGCAGUCAUCAUGAUUUGCAAAUAAAAGAAAUCGACACCAAAAUCGAGCAAGAAGUGACCAAUAUGAAGAUGCAAAUUGAUUCUGUAAAGACGCAGGUCAUGCAAUGGUUGAUAGGAGUCUGUACAGGUACGUUUGCACUUGUAUUAGCAUACAUGAGAUUGUUGACAUAG